GCCAAAAGUAGCCAUCACAUUGUUCGUCUAGGAAUAGCUGUUGAGACUCCACCUCUUCCUAACGCGCAGGUUACAGGUUCUGAACUCCGCUUUGCACGCCACUGAGAGAUGCGCGUAGAUGAGCGGAGGUAACAUGGGAAUACGCGUAUUUGCGCGCUAGAGCCGUUUAUUUCACCAAGCAUCCGUGCCGGCAACGUUGUUUCUGGGUUCCAAAGUAUCGCUAUUAUAUUGCGGAGUUGAGUUUUUAUCUCAGAUAGAAUGGGAUGCGCAAUAUCAGGGCUGGGUUUGGCGCCCAGGCAAACGACAGAGCCGAAGAGUGAAGAGGAUGCUGUUGCGCACCUUACUGGGGACCAAAUCGACAUGAUUAAAGAUUCUUGGAAAGUUAUUCAGGAAGAUAUAGCGAAAGUUGGAAUUAUCAUGUUUGUCAGGCUCUUUGAAACUCACCCUGAGUGCAAAGAUGUGUUCUUCCUGUUCCGAGAUGUGGAGGACCUGGAGAGGUUACGAACCAGCCGGGAGCUCCGGGCCCAUGGCCUAAGAGUAAUGUCAUUUAUUGAAAAGACUGUGGCCAGACUAGACCAGCUGGAGAGGCUUGAGCAACUCGCAUUGGAACUGGGCAAGAGUCACUAUCGCUACAAUGCGCCUCCUAAGUACUAUGGGUAUGUUGGGACGGAAUUCAUUUGUGCUGUCCAACCAAUCCUGAAAGACAAAUGGACCCCAGAACUAGAAGAUGCAUGGAAGAGUCUGUUCCAGUACGUCACUGGGAUCAUGAAGAGAGGCUACCAGGAGGAAGAACAGAGCAGGCGCUACCAUGUGGUCGUGUCCGCCAAAGAACGGCCGGACAAGAAGAACACAGCACUUUAA